AUGUAUGCUCAACAUGUAUUGCAAGAUGAAGAGGACAACGUUAAUGUUGGUGUGGUGCACAACUGUAAUGUCGGUGUGGAGGACAAUGCUCAUGACCGUGUUCACACCAUGCCAGAAACAGCUAAAAACAACAAAAGACAUGGUAGGCCACGGAAGACCAAAGUUAUUCAGGAUAUUGAUGAAGUCAUAAAAGAGCUGUUGAGUGACUGUGAAGUAACUAAUGGUGAGGAUGAAGAACUAUACUACGAUGCUGAUGAGGUCAAUAAAGAAAAAGAUGGAACGUCCAACUGGUGGAAGAAGGUUGACUAUAAUAUAAAUGAUAAAAAAGCUGAGUUUGGGGAUGACGAAUCUGAGGAUGAAAGAGAUGGUCUUGUGAGUUUGCAGGGCAGUGAUUUUGACAGUGGAAAAAAUAAGAAGCGGUAUAGGCAGUUCAAUGAGAAACAUGACUUAAAAAUUCCAGUGAAGUUUGGCUUAGAAGAUCAGUUUGUAGAUAUAUAUUCUUUCAAGAGGGCACUUAAACUGUAUGUUGUGCAGAAUGGGUUCGACUAUAACUACAAACACAAUGACUUUGGUAGAGUUAGUGCAAUAUGUAGAGAAACACAUUGUGCAUGGAGGAUUCACGCCUCUAUUGAUGCUACAAGAAACUGUAUACAGAUUAAAACUUUCUACCUGACUCAUACUUGUGGUAAUCAGUACGAAAACACCAGAUACGAUGUCUAUUACAUGAUUUGUACAUAUAAGAAGGACUUCAAGGAUGAUCCUACAUGGACCCCGGCAAAGAAUGAGGCAUUGCAUCAACUCUUUAGUAGUUAUUCCAAGCAAUAUCGCCUCAUAAGGAGGUACGCGUCGGCGGUACGAAGCACUAACCCUGGUAGUAGUGCUUUUAUUCAGAGAGAAAGAGCAUUCUUCCAAAGAAUGUAUAUUUGCCUUGAUGCGUGCAAGAAGGGUUUUAAGCAUGGCUGUUGGCCAAUUAUUUGUUUAGAUGCUUGUCAUCUGAAGGGGGAAUAUGUGGGGCAAUUGUUGUGUGCUAUAGGCAAGGAUGGAAACGACCACAUGUUCCCAAUAGCAUUUGCAGUGGCUGAGGCCGAGACCAAAGAGUCAUGGCAAUGGUUUAUUACCAUUUUGCUGGAAGAUUUAUGCGGCUCAGAAGGUGGACUUGGUUGGACUAUAAUGUCUGAUAGACAGAAGGGCCUUAGAACUACAGUUGAUGUAGUGUUGCCACAUGCUGAGCAUCGUGUUUGUGUUCGGCACCUACAUGCAAACUUCAAAGCUAGAGGGUGUACGGGAAAAGCGUUCAAAGAUGAGCUGUAG